AUGAAAUUCUCUUCUACUAUCCUUGAGGCCCUCAACCACCAUGCUACUCAGACUCCAGACAAGGUUGUCUUUACUUGGGUCGACAUCAGGUGCAAAGAACAACGACGCAUGACAUUCAAGCAGCUAGAGGAUGAAUCCAAUACUGUGGCUCAUCGUCUCCUCAAAUUGGGACGCAAGAAAGGAGAUCGUGUCAUGGUGGCAUACCCCUUUGGCCUUGAGUUCUUGGCUGGCAUGUUUGGAGCUAUGAAGAUCGGAGUCAUUCCCUGUUCCAUCUAUCCACCCAACCCUAACGAGCUCAAGACUGAUAUGCCCAAAUUCCGCCGAUUUGCUGUGGAUGCUGGAGCCAAGUAUGCUCUCAGUACUUCAGCUUUUGCCACUGCCAUGACUGCAGUCAGUGUCCUCUACAAGACUGGAGUGAAGUGGAUUGGAACUGAUCAACUACCAAUCAAGAAAAGCAACCCCAAAAAGCCCAAACAUUAUGAGAAGUUUGAGGGAGGGGCAACGGAAGUCUGCUUUAUCCAGUACACAUCGGGCAGUACUGGUCGCCCCAAAGGAGUCAUGAUCAGUCACGGAAACCUAGCAGAGAAUUGCAUUGCUAUUUCUGCCAUGUCUGGUACAAAUGCUUCCAAUGUUGGCAGUACAGUGGGAGCCUUGUGGGUCCCACAAUACCACGACAUGGGGCUUGUUGCAGGCUUCAUGACUACCCUCUAUUUUGGAACUUCCCUGGUCGUGGCAUCCCCUUUGGAUUUUGUUGCCAACCCACUUCUAUGGAGUGAUAUGAUCGAGACCUACAAGGCAACCCUUACAUGUGCCCCCAACUUUGCCUAUGCCUUGCUGCUUAAGAGGUUGGAGCAAGCCAACCGAAAAGCCAACUGGAGCUGUGUAAAGCGGGCCAUGUUUGGGGGUGAACCCGCCCAGCGCCACGUUGUGGAUUCAGUGGCCAAGACCCUUUCCAUCAAGUCUGAACAUAUCUACAACAUCUAUGGGCUCGCUGAGUCUGUGGUGUUUCUCACAGGUGGCUCUGCCUACCCUGACUCUGAAGGGCUUCUCUGCUGUGGUGAAGUAAACUCGCCAACCCUCAAGCUUCGCAUUGUUGAGGACGGAAAAGAGGUUGAAGAAGGACAGGUUGGAAGCAUUUGGGUCCAGUCACCCCGGGUGGUAGCAGGGUACUAUGGUCAGUCUGAGCUAACCACUGCUACCUUUGCCAAUGCUUUGCCCAGCUAUGAUGGAAGCUGGCUUGACACUGGUGAUUUGGGCAAGAUUGUCGAUGGGCAGCUCUAUGUCACUGGACGAGUCAAAGAUGUUAUCAUUAUCAAUGGCAAGAACUACUAUCCAACAGAUGUGGAGCUCUCUAUUGAUGCUCUCUUUGGUGAUCUUAUCCGCCCAGGAAGGACCACUGCCUUCCAGCAUGGGGAGGACAGUGUUGGUAUCACAGUGGAGGGCCGCAAGGACUUUGACAAGACACCAAAUGAAUCCUUGGCAGUCCAGAUAGCCAACCAUGUGUCCCAAGUGCAUGGUCUUUUUGUGUCUGAGGCAUUGGUCCUAAAAUUGGGUGUGACACCAAAAACUACCUCUGGCAAGCUUAAGCGAAGUGAGAUCAGGCAAACAACCGUUGAUGGCAAUUGGAAGGAAUCUUCCAUACUGCUUCAGUUCCAGAGGCAGCAAGCUCUUCCUCCUCUUCAGAAAAUUCGACGUCAGCGUCCCUCUUUCCUUGAGCAAAGCUUUUCAAUGCAUGGUGUUGCUACCACUGAGUCCUACCUGAAUGAAGAAACCGAACAUGAAAUCAUGAGGCAAUCUAUGAGUGUUGUUAACUGGAACUUGCAGGAGGAGCCACUUUCUUCUUUUGAUGGUAACAGUGGCAAGGGUGGAAAAGAAGAUGAGCUUCAAGGAAUGCUUCCUGGCAUUGACCUUAGCCAAAAAAAAGCCCUCCCCAGCAAAGCUAUCAAAGCUGUUCAAGCUGUAGACUGCAACCCCAGCAAGUUGGAGGAGUAUUUCUCUGACCUUCAGCUUUCUGGAGUCUCUGGCAUUGCUGAAGCUUGGUCCAAAGCCAUCAAGACAACAGCUGCAAUGCAAGCCAUGUGCUCCCAAAUCAUGAUGCAUCUUGAGGAUAAGCACCCAAGCAUCUGCCAGCUUGCUCACAGUCUUGUUGCAAACCCAGACUGGAUCUUGAUUGAUGAUUUGACAGAUUUCCUUUUGCAGCUUGUACACCAAAUCUUUGUCCUUCAAUGGGCAACAACCUUUAUGAUGGAUAAUGCCGAGUGCAUGCAACAAAAGUUGCAGAUCGACACUGAGUGGGAGAACUCGGGUGGGACUGCACAGACAGUUCCAGUGGAGCUACAAGAGAUGCUUGACCUACCAGAACAAGACCCAAUGUAUGGGAAGUGGCCAUUCUUCCUUUGGAUUAAAAACAGGUCGGUGCGAGCAGUAUCAAAGCCAGUCAUCAAAAUUCUUACUUGUCCUGAAGAACCACCUCUUGAAACACAAAUUGAAACAAUCAACAACCUCUUGUGUCUAAAUUUGUUGGAGGCUGUUUGGGUUGAGCAAAAAAAUGGAAUACCGGAGAAUUACCAAGUUGGAAGGAUGCUGGCAACCUCUCCCAUUCAAGCAGACUGGACCAAAUCAAACAAGGCUCUAUUGGAGCAUCAUACCCCUUCUUGGAAGGAUCUCUACAUUGCUUGGGACAUCCAUGUUGUAGCAUGGAUUGGAGACGAGCACUCUUCUGCAUGGAUGCUAUCCAAACUGCUGCUACCCAGCCUUAUUGGAGAUGUUGGUGCAGCUUUUUUACAUGCAAGGAUGACUAGUCUGUACCUGGUUUUACAGGCUACAGGAAGAAAAAUAGAGUCUCCGAGAUUCUACAACAAGCCAAUCUUGUCACGAAGAGCCCUCCGUCUCCUCGGAAAUCUAAACCUAUCUUGGGCUGAACAGCUUGGAUAUUGUGCACCCUCUGAGAGGAGUAACAAUGGGAUGGCACUCAAUGAAGAAUACUGGCUGUCCAAGUUUGACCAGUGGGGGUUGGCAAACCAUUCAGCUACAGUAAGCACAGCAGUCCCCAGGCUGCAUGAUACUGCAGAUGCUGGAGUUGUGGGCCCAGAGAAAGCGGCUUCCAGAUGUAUGCACACGAUCAUUUCUGUCUUGGGUUCUGAAGUGGACCCAUCAAAAUCCUGGACUGAGAAUGGACUCACAUCACUCCAGAGUGCUGAACUUCGGAACAAGGUGGAAGAGGAGCAUCUUGUCGUACUCCCUGCAAACUUUGAGCAACUUUUCCCAACCCCCAAGGCACUAUCAGAGCACCUGUCAGCAUCAGAGGGCAAGAGCUUUCCCAAGCAAAACACAGACUACCACCCAAAUUUCAUUUGGAACUCAUCAAGAGCCAGAAUAAGCAAGCUCCAGAUGGGGCUGCUCCAAACUCUUGGUUCAAGUGUGAUUCUUCUACUUGUUUUGAUGUCAGUGUUUCCAUGCUAUUUCCUUGUCUCCUGGGUUAUGGAACAUUGUUCCUCAACCAAUGUGAUGGUAGUAAUCUGCAAGGUUACUGUAGUGGGGAAUUACAGGCAUCAACAGAUUGAUCUCUUAUCAUGGGACUAUGUUCGCUGGUGGUUUGUGGACAGGCUCUUGCAUAUCUGGGAGUCAAUUGCUGGACAGUUUCUUGUGGAAACAAAAUUCAUUUGGAUUUUCUACUGGCUGCUAGGGGCAGAUCUGGCAUCGUCUUCCAAGAUUGAGUCCUACAUCCGAGAAUUUGAUCUUGUCAAAGUGGGCAGCAAUUCUACGAUUGGACAGCCGAUCAACUGCAGGAUUUUUUCUCAGUCUUCAAAUGCAGGUCCAAAGUUGACCUUCCACCCCACAGUGAUUGGAAAUAACUGUCAAGUUUCAGGGAUGGUCAGCCCUGGGGUAAAGAUUGGAGAUGGCUGCAAGGUGGAGAAACUUUCUGUUGUGGAAGAGGGUGCUAUGGUGCCAGAUGGAGUACUUGCCAAAGGAAACCCAGCAUGUCACACAGGCUCAUUUGAGCACACCGAGUCUAAGAGUUGGGAAGAUUCCAUGUUGGAUGUAUUCAAGAUUCUGUGGAUGUUUUCAGAAGCCUAUCAUUUCUUCUCACUCUCCUUCUUGGUCCAUACUACCCUCAACAUCAUCUUACCAUCCUGGCGAUAUGGUGGCAUUCUUCAUUGGAUCUUGCUGUUUCCAUUGACAUCCUUUCUUGCCCUCGUGACAAGCAUUGCCCUCAAAUGGCUCUUGAUUGGCAAAAGGGAUCCAUCUGAUGAAUUUGAGGGGUCUCUGUGGCGAAGAGCCACCAAUUGGGCAUGUGACUUCCACUUCCGCACAGCAUGUUGGUCAUUUAUUCCCUUUUUUGGGCAGUCAAAAAUAUGGAACAUCAUUUUUUACCUCCAUGGCCUCGAUGUUGACUCGGUGUCAACUCUGAGUGGUCCAUACUUCUACUUCCGACCUUCAAAUGUCGAUUUUGUAAAGCUCAGGGGAUCAUUUGUUGCCAACAUGUCACUUGACUUCAGCAAACAGGGAAAGUUCAAGAUUGAGAUCAUCAGAAGCAGCAUUAGCUAUGGUGCCAAUUUACAUGCAGGAGUCAAGAUAAUUCAAUCCACAAUCCCACCAAGGUCUAAUGUGUCUGAGAGCAUCUACAACCUGAAUGAAGUGGGCGGAUCAAGGAAGCCUCCUAUUCUGAAAGAAGAAGUGGCACUUCAAUUUAUGAAUGUGGUUGUUUUUGCAUCUAUCAUACCUUCCUACGAGAUCAGCCUGGCAGCUGUGGCAAGUUCUUCCCCUGUUGUUGUUGCAUUUGCCCAAGCCCAAGAAGAACUCUUUGGAGUUUACCUCACCCAUGUCUGGUACUUUCGGGUUGGCAACUGGCUGGAGAUGCUCCUCUAUGGUGCCCCAAUGUUUGGUUACUAUGCACGAUUCAUGGGAGCAGAAGUUGAAGGAGACAUCUGGUAUUUCGGCCAUGCAAUCUAUGAAUAUGGAAAAAUUCACUUGCGCAACACAAUUGUGGACAACUCCAGCUUGAAUGGCCACUACAUGGAUGGCAAUGGACUGUUUGUUGCUGACACCUAUGCAUCUGGUAUUCUGCAUCCUGGAUGCUUUGCUGUUGCUGGCUCUGUAGUCACUGGAAAAGAGAAUGGUCCAUGCAAGGUCUUUUUGCGAAAUGGUGGCCUAGAUGCCAUGGAGGAUCCUGGCCACUCAACCUCCCACAAAAACAGCAGCAACAAAACAGAUAUGGCGCCAAUUGACGGAUCAACACGCUCGUUGGAGCCAAGCCGAAAACUUGAGUCCCUCCAGUUUGACGAUGAAUUUGUUUAG